AUGGAAAAACUUGACACAAUGCUUCCCCUGGCUCUGGCAUGCAGAGAUGAUUCUUUUCAGGAAAUUAGAGCAAACUUGGUGGAGGCCUGUUAUAAAGUGGCAACAGCUGUCCUGGAAAGACUGCAGCAGAGAAGCAAGGAGGUUCCUUCCAGAGCACCCCUGCAGAACCUGCACACAGUCCUCUCCUCAGCCGUGUAUGUCUUCCAGCGCUUCACACAGUACGAUAAUUUGGUGAAAGGAGCUACGCAGAAACUUGAUGUCACGACAAUUUUGAUAUGCACUGAGAACAUGCUGUGGUCAGUUUGUACAUCUGUACAGAGACUUUUGAGUCCUCAGGAGUAUAAGGAUGAUAAAAUUUUUAAAAUUCAUAUCCAUUGUAACGAUCUUCUUACAACGUUAGCCAUUUUGACUUCACCAUUAAGAGAAUUAUAUAACAACCCUAGGAUGGAAGAUGGUUACCUUCUGCAACAUGAAGUCUCCACCUCCGUAGAGCUCCUACUCCUGAGCUACCUUCAUUCCUUAGGGACUUUUCAGCAUGGCCUGGAUGAGUCUGUUUCAGAUCGUUUAAAGUUACCUUUCAACCAACCGUUACAUUGGGUUUCUUGCAUGUCACAUUUCUACCCUUCUUUACUCAGGACUCCAUCCACUGGAGGGCUGAAAGCGGAGGGCCAAUUGAAACUGCUCUUGUCCCAGCCGGGCUGCAACUGGAAUCUGCUUCUGGAAACCCUACUGUGCAGUGACGGACUUUUACCAAGAAUCUUGUUGAAAAGCUCAAAAUGUGCCUUUCAAGACCAAGCUUCUGAGACAGAAAAUAAUCUGAGACCAGGAUCCAGCCUUAUAGAAGCCAUCUUUAACGUGCUAUACCAUUGUAAUUACUCUCCACAUAUAUUUGCAAAUGUUUUUGUGAGUUACAUGGAAGAAGAACAAUUAUGGGACACCUUAUAUAACAUUCCAGUGUGUAUGGAAUCGGAGUUGGAGGUCAUCCGAUGCCUGCGCCUGGCACUGACCCAGGCCAUCAAGGGCAUCGUGCAGCAGGUCAUAUCUUUAAUGGGCUGUGGAAGAAGCUGGGGAGCAAACCUGAACAACCACUGUUGUGCCAGUCUUUUGCUUGAGAGCAUUCCAAAAGAAUGGAACUAUAUCCCAAAAGACACAAAAAAGAGAAAAUCAAGUAAAGGCUCCACCAGGCUGGCUGCUCAGGCAGUAUCUAUUGUAAUCAGCAAGUUACCUACGGUGAUUGCAUGUUUGCCUCCCUCAAUUAAAUACUUCUUUUCUCUCUCUGAGAGAAAAAUGUCAGAAAACUGUGCUGCACUGAAGAAAGCUGGCCUGCUUGCCUGGAACUUGAUUGUAAUUAUAUGUCGAGUAUUGGAGGAUGGAGACACUGUGGAACUUUUAACAGGUGUCUCCCUCAACAGAUGGAGUAAGGAGAAGCUUGGCUUAAUUUGCGUGUGUUUGGGAAGCAUCGUGGGAGAGCAAAGUAGCCCUAACCAAAUGACCCAGAAGGUCAUACAGAGCAUUGAGCAGCAAAAACCCAACUGGAUUGAAUGCCAACUAUUGAAAGCAAAAAAGCUGAGCAUUGAAUGGGCAUUUAUGGCAAUGGAGAAAAGCACAGUCUUAGAAGAAGGAGAUACUGCUCUUGAACUGACUGAGCAGAAAAUCAACACGAUGGUCCUGGAUCUCUGCCACAAACCAGGUGGCAGCGAGUACCUGAGGCAAAUUUAUCACAUCAUGCAGCUCAAUGAGGAAUAUUUAAGACAACAGCUGUUUUCUAUGAAUGAUUCGGAGGAAAAGCCAUCACCCACCCGACCUCUAAAGAUGACCUCAAGGAGUGUGGAAGAUCAGCCUUCUGCCUUUAACCCUUUCCAUGUGUAUGAGGGCUUUAGAGAAAACAUGCUAGAUCAGUCAGCCAUUGUGAAAUGGAACUGGAAUUGGUCAAAGUUGCUGCCAAACUAUCUGGGGCUGGAUAAGAUGACCUUCAACGUACUGCUCAAAAACAGGUGA